AUGACGGACCGCAACACCACCCACUUCCACGGAUGGCACUACGCGGCAGACCACGUCACCGGCCCAGUGCCUUUCCUGAACCCCACCAAGCGACUUCUCCCGCUGCAAAAGACCCAACAUCCGGGCGGGGACGAACAGGUCGCACCGCAGCCCUUCACAGCCGGCGGCGAUGAGGACGGAGAGGCAGCCGAGCCACAGAAGCAGCCCUCCUCCACGCGAGUCCCAGCACGAGCAACUACCGCCACCCCCGGCGGCAUCUACCACAUCUGGCGCUCCCGUGACAACCGCAAAGGCCGCCACACGCUCGCACUAACCCCCUCGGCAAAGGCCUCGGCGGGGUUCUCGGGAGUGCACCAGCCCCGACCCCUCAGAACCACCACAACCAUCGGGGCCACCCUGCGAGGCAUCUCUCGUAUGUUCCUGCGCUACCCGGUCUGGGACGUCUCGUACGACGUCGCGACGAUAUUCACCCUCGGCUCGGUGGUCUGGGUGCUCAACGGCUUCCUCGUGCUUCUUCCGGCCGUGGACCCGGCGGGCUCGUGGCCGGGAGAGAGCGAGUGGGGCGGGGGUGUAUCUGCUUGUGUGGGCGCAACCGUCUUCGAGGCCGGCAGCGUGCUGCUGAUGCUCGAGGCCGUCAACGAGAACCGGUCGGACUGCUUCGGGUGGGCGCUCGAGGAGGCGCUGGGCGGCGGCCACGGCGGUGUCGAUGGCGAUGGUGACGAGGGGCCGCUCGUGCUGCUGCGCAGGGAAGAGCAGGUCACCGCGGCGGCGAGGAGAUGGACGUGGUGGCCGUCCUCGAAAGAGCUGAGGACGCACUACCUGCGCGACAUUGGCUUCCUGGCAUGCCUGUCGCAGAUGAUCGGGGCUACUAUCUUCUGGAUCUCGGGCUUCACGGGUCUGCCACAGGUUCUGGGCGUGCUAAGCGUGCCUGCUGAGAACGGCAUCUUUUGGCUGCCACAGGUCGUUGGCGGCACAGGCUUCAUAGUAUCCUCAUGGCUCUUCAUGCUCGAGACACAGCCAAACUGGCACACGCCGUCCCCCAAGACACUGGGGUGGCACAUCGGGCUCUGGAACCUGAUCGGCGCACUGGGCUUCACCCUCUGCGGCGCGCUGGGCUUCGCGAGCGGCUCGUCACAGGCCUACGAGACGGCCUCGCUGUGGUCCACCUUCAUCGGGUCGUGGGCGUUCCUGGUUGGUUCCAUCAUACAGUGGUACGAAUCUCUCGACAAGUACCCCGUCGCCGUGGUCGACAGGAAGGCAAUGUUGGGGCUGGGGUCAUCUUCGUCUGAGGUUUUGGACAAGACGAUAUAA